AUGUCCCUCCCUCCCGACUACUCCAACGAAAUCUCGACGCUCGACCGCGAAAUCCUCAAGCACAAGCCACACGACAUCCUCCAAUUCUGUGCCAAUUUCUUCAACCGCCGCCUCGAGUCGCAGCGAACAGAGUACCUGCUGUCGCAACAGCACGCCAACCAGCAGGGCCGUGCUGAGAACUCGUUCCCCGGCAGCAACCCCUUCAGCACCUCGCCCAGCAUCGGCAGCGGCUUUGCAAAGGGCAACAUGCAGCGCCUCGAGGAAGAAGAGGAGCACGACUCGAUGACGUCGCCCACGGCCUCGACCUUUGCCGCCGUCGACUUUGCCCGCGUUCGCUCCAACGGCGGCGGCGGCGGCGGCGACAUGGGCGAGAGCGCGUUUGGCAACUUUGGAGGCUUCGGCGGCUCCUCCAAGAAUAACAUCACCCAGAUGCCCCCGCUCGUCGGCGAGGGCCAAACCUUCCCCAGCAACUACAACACCAGCCGCCGCACCUCGGUUUCGGCCGAGUCGCUCAAUCCCACGUCGAGCGCCGCCGACAACUUUACCCCGCCCUUCCACCAAAAGACACAAGACCAGCUGUCGCGCCUCAAGUCGGCCGUCGCCGGCAACUUUCUCUUUUCACAUCUCGACGACGACCAGUCGGCAAUGGUGCUCGGUGCCCUGCACGAGAAGCCCAUACCCACAAAGGGCAUAAAGGUCAUCCAGCAGGGCGAUGUCGGCGACUACUUUUAUGUCGUCGAAAGGGGCUCCUUUGGCAUCUACGUCAACAAGUCGGGCAAGCUCGAGCCGGGCACUGAAGGCGCUGGCAACAAGGUGGGCACCGUGGGCCCUGGUGGCUCUUUUGGCGAGCUGGCUCUCAUGUACAACGCGCCCCGUGCCGCCACCGUCACCUCGACGGAGCCCUCGACGCUCUGGGCCCUCGACCGCAUCACCUUCCGCCGCAUUCUCAUGGACAGCGCCUUCCAGCGUCGACGCAUGUACGAGGGCUUCCUCGAGGAGGUCCCCUUGCUGUCCACGCUCACGCCCUACGAGCGCUCCAAGAUUGCCGAUGCUCUCGAGACAAAGAAAUACCCUCCCGGAACAGUCAUUAUCCAGGAGGGCGAUGUGGGCGAGUCCUUCUUCCUGCUCGAGUCGGGAGAGGCCCACGUCUUCAAGCGUGGCAUCGACGCCCCCGUGAACCAAUACCAAAAGGGCGAUUACUUUGGCGAGCUCGCCUUGCUCAACGACGCGCCCCGUGCUGCCUCGGUCAUCAGCAAGACAGAGGUCAAGGUUGCGACGCUUGGCAAGAAUGGCUUCCAACGACUGCUCGGCCCCGUCGAAGGCAUCAUGAGGCGGAACGAUCCUAGCAAGUCGGCAGCCGAAGGCGACCACGUAGAUCCCCUCUCGCAGGCUUCAUAAAACAACCUUGGCCCCACAACCUAGGACAAGAAUAUGUUGCACCUAGCCUACGGUCGUGUGCCAAGCCCAUCAAGGGAUCCAGGACCCCAGUAUCAAUCAUGUUGCCUUGGCGUGGUGCUCCAACUCGUCGGCGUUUUUUCUGCAUGUAUUCCUAUGCUUCCUACCGUCACUAAACGUCGCCUUGCCCGUGCUGGAAAAAAAGGGCUUUGAUUCCUGGAGAAUAAUGAGCUUUAGUUGUGGCCUAUCCUGUUACCUAUAUUCCGC